AUGUCGCCACUUCUCUCCUUCACGACGAGCGGUGGCACGAGCCGUGCGUCGCCGGCGCCUGGCCCUGUAGCCGAGGAGACCUUCUGGCAGCAGCCGGACAUGGACAAGUUGUGGCUUUCUGGUAAAUCCGUGGAUACGCUCAAGCCCACGGAGAGAUCGUUCCCUGGGUACGCCGCAUACGUGGCCGCGAGUGUCGAGCGCUACGUUCACACCAUGGAGCGCCGCGACGCUUUUGCCGCGACUCCAGGCUUUUAUCGCGACCAUUCGCGCGCCCGAUCAGGCCGGCAAGCUGCCUGA